GUGGGUGGAGUGUAGGCCAGGGGGUUGGCGGUGCCGUGUCAUGGAGGCUCAGUCUCUGAGCAGCCAUUGAAGGGGAAGGAACUGCGGGUGUGUGAGUGUGUGUGUGUGUGUGUGUAUGUGUGUGUGUGUAUGUGUGUGCGCGCGUGCGUGCGUGUGAGUGCGCGCGCUAGUGUGUGGACAAGGAGGUGGGGGCAGCUGAGUUAGAGUCCCAACUCUUGGACUCCAUUUGCUAUUCUCUUCUUUCUCCCCCACACCUAUCUGGUGGUAGUGGGCGUUUAUAUUUGCGUUCCUUUUCAUUCAUUUCUAAAUCUCUUAAAAAUUUUGGGUUGGGGGUAUUGGGAAAGGCAGGAAAGGGAAAAGAAGGAGAGUAGUAGCUGAAGAGCAAGAGGAGGACAUGGAGAUGAAGAAGAAGAUUAACCUGGAGUUAAGGAACAGAGCCCCGGAGGAGGUGACAGAGUUAGUCCUUGAUAAUUGCCUGUGUGUAAAUGGGGAAAUUGAAGGCCUGAAUGAUACUUUCAAAGAACUAGAAUUUCUGAGUAUGGCUAAUGUGGAACUAAGUUCACUGGCCCGGCUUCCCAGCUUAAAUAAACUUCGAAAACAAAAUCUUAAAAAUUUGAAAAGUCUUGACCUGUUUAACUGUGAGAUCACAAACCUGGAAGAUUAUAGAGAAAGUAUUUUUGAACUGCUGCAGCAAAUCACAUACUUAGAUGGAUUUGAUCAGGAGGAUAAUGAAGCACCGGACUCUGAAGAGGAGGAUGAUGAGGAUGGAGAUGAAGAUGAUGAAGAGGAAGAGGAAAAUGAAGCUGGUCCACCAGAAGGAUAUGAGGAAGAGGAGGAGGAAGAGGAAGAUGAGGAUGAGGAUGAAGAUGAAGAUGAAGAUGAAGCAGGUUCAGAGUUGGGAGAGGGAGAAGAGGAAGUGGGCCUCUCAUACUUAAUGAAAGAAGAAAUUCAGGAUGAAGAAGAUGAUGAUGACUAUGUUGAAGAAGGGGAAGAAGAGGAAGAGGAGGAAGAAGAAGGUCUUCGAGGGGAGAAGAGGAAACGAGAUGCUGAAGAUGAUGGAGAGGAAGAUGACUAGAUCAUUCUAAGACCAGACUCUCUAAUGUUUCUGGGUGUGCAAUAGAGUGAUCACAUCUUUGUUUCUUCAUGUACGAUAGCUAUCCCUACAGAAGAUAAUGUGUAACUUUUUAUAGGAAAAGUGUGGUUUUACUAUUUUUGCCUUAUCAUUCCAAAUAAGAACUAGUCUGUUAAUGAUCAUAUUGUAUGUAGAGAAAAAUUUUCAUUGACUCCCAUUGUGGAAUUCCCUAGCAAUUUAUUUAGACUUAAUUUUUUAAAUUCAAGCUUACUGUAUUAGUCAUUUUUAGCCCAUAAUUAAAACAUCACUUUUACACAGGUGUAGUAUGGUGCAUUUCAUUCCUUAUUUAUAAAUUAACUGAAAUUACAGUUUGCUAUAAUAUAAAAUGACAGUAGUCUCUUGAGUGGUAAGUUGGUUAUUCUUUUAGAGGUAAUCCAGGGAUCUUUAGUUUGAAGGCAGUUACUUUUUUUUUUUUGACUAAGAGUGGUUGCUUUUUUGUCACAAGUAACUUGGAAAAUAGAAGCAGAAUAGUAAAGGUUCUAUUCAGCAACAUAGUUCAUGGAUUUUGUGGAGGUUCUAUUCAGUAAUAGGGUUCAUGGAUUUAGUGGUGACUGAUAAGAUUUUAUUUUUGAAGGAAAAAAUUGCUUAUACUAAGUCCAGAGACAUGCAGGUGAGCCCUUUUGUCAGGCUGCAAAUCAUGACAUGCCGAUGGUUGUUUAUUUUGUUUUGUUUUUAGGUGCGCAUUCUUUUUCUUCUUAGCAAUUCCUUUAUGAUCACCUUCCCUUCUUGUUUCACUCCCUCCUGCUCUCUCAAAAGACAGUUGGGAAACUUGUGAAACCCAGGAAAACCUUUAGUCUUAUACCUCAACUACCUUUUAGUCCUGUCUGGGUUUUAAAUAAAUGAAGUGGAAGAAAUUGAGUAUUUUCUGACAUAAGAAUAUAUUAUCAAUACAGUUUUAUGCAGUAAGCUCUGCUUACCAUAAAAGUUUCUUGGUUCACAACAUCUAAGACAAUAUUAGUAGGAUGAAGAAAGAAAAGUAGGGGUGCUUUUUGGAAGCAGUGUUCAUGUUUCUUAAAAGUCAGAACAAUUGCCUGUUGAUAAUUAAUAAGACAUUAAAGUCAAAUUUUAAAGUUGGCUUCUCAAAUGAUUUGGAUACCACUCUGCAAAGUAUUUCUAACCUUUAAUUCCCAGUUUUGAAGCAUUACCAGAUAUAAUAAUAGCAUUAAUUGGAAUGUACUAGGCAGCUGGAAAAGUAUUUGAAACUAAAUCGACAUUAAAAUUAAGAUUUGUUUUCAACUGGAUGUCUAUUCAAAGUAGAAAAAUAUUUGGGAUAAGUGUGUGUUUCCUCACAUGGCUACUAAAUAAAAUGAGUAUACAAGUAUAUCUCCUCUUUUGCUAUUGAGGCUCCAUGUUCAAAGCAAUGGCUUUUUAAAUCUUGGCUAUCUAAAACUUUUUCCCUUUGUUUUGAAUAUUUGUAAGUUUUUAAAAAAUUAGUGUCAGCAAAUUAAUUGAAGUUAUGCUUCUAUACUGGGACAUAUUUAAAUACUGAGUAUAGUACUGCUGCUACUGCUUCUACAAUGUAAAAUGUAUGACUUGGUGUUUUUUAGGUAAAAUUAUGAUGUUACUUGUGGAGAAACUAAAAAAGUUCACACAACUGAACUGAAAUAAAAUACUUGGGAUAAGUUUAGUGAGGGGAUUGGAAUCCCCAAGAAACUACAUUUUUCUUCUGCUUUUAAAAAUUGAAGUUCCCUAUUUUUAGUUCCUAACAAUUCUCGUUACAUACUAUGCCAGAUUACAAAAUACUUAUUUUUAAAAUGAAAUCUAUAUAUUGAUUUCUUAUCAAUCUCUUACUGUGCAAUCAAAAUUAGAGUACUUUGGUUUGGAAAACAACACUUAGAGCCUCCAGAUAACUUUUAAGACUUAUUUAGCUUUGUGGGUGGUAUUUUCAUGCAAAUAAGUAAGGGUGGGUUUUAUAUUUUGUAGAAGUUUUCGGUCCUAUUUUAAUGCUCUUUGUAUGGCAGUAUGUAUAUCGUGUGUUAAGUUCCUCAGAAUCUCCUUAAAACCUUUGAAGUUAAUACUUUUGUGCAACUGUGUUUUGAAUAAAGCCAUGACAGUGUUAAAAACAAACAAAAAAUUUUGCAGUACUCCCUGAUUAUUCUUUUAUUGUUUCUGACUGUUCCCUGUUUUUUUUCUGUGACUGUUGUAACUUAAAGUUUAAAACUGAAUUGCUUCAAAUAAUUUGAAGAUUUGUUAUAAUGAUUA